AUGAGUAAUACUGUACACGAAGAACAGUACAACAUUUUGCUCGUUGAAAGCUUUGAACAUCAUUUACACAUUUUAGAUAAUAAUGAAAUAUCUGAUAAGGAUGUAAAAUUAUGUUCUUUGAGUGUAAUAUAUGAGAAAUUAUUAGAAUUUUUCAAUGUUUGCAAUGAGGGAGAAAAAGAAAAGUUUUGUAUUUUUUUUUGCCACUAUUUGUUACACCCUUUAAACAAAUGGAUUAGUGAAGAAUUUGACGAAUACAGGAAUGUUGCUCUUAAUAUUUAUUUUUUAAUUGAAAAAAAUCUCAACGAUAAGUUACUAGAUGUCAUUUUAUUCAAAACCGAAAAAAAUGAUGACAGUUUUCUUCUUAUAUGCACAAAUAGGUUAAAAGAAGAUGAAAAUAAAAAAAUUGUUGAAGAUAAAGAGGAAAUAAGACUAAAAAUACUACAAUUUUUAUAUAAAAUUGUAGUAAGACAUAAUAAUAUAGAUGAAACAACGCUUCCAAACAUAUUGAAUAUAUAUGUUUACCUUGAGAAUAUUUUAAUGGCAUUAUCAAUUUUAAUUAAAGAUCCUUUUCCACUAAUUAAAAAGCUUACGUGCGAGCUGUUAUGUGAACUGAAUUUUGAGGAAGAACGAAAAGAGUUUAAUCACAUAUAUAGAAGUCUGCUAAAAAAUAUGUUAGCUAACAUAAUCUUCAGGCAGAAUGAUGUGAGAGAGCUAAUUUUAAAGUGUUUAAAAAAAUUGAUGCGCUUUGAAAGCAAUAGAGACUUCCUCAAUGAUUCGUCAGAAUGUUUAAAGAAAUUAUGUACGAACAAAUCAAGCAAUGUUGUGUUAGAAAUUGCAAAUUGCGUUGAAGUGUGGAGUUUAAACAUAAAAGAUUUAAAUGAUUGUGAAAAGGCAAAAUUAGUAUUUAUUAUCCUUUUGUGUAUUAAUUCAAAUGUGUCUUCAUAUUUGAAUGAACGAUGCUACCAAGUUUUGCAAAAAAUAACACAUUUGUCAAAGGAAUUGAAAGAUGAUCAGAGAGAGGUAUGUAUUAGUGAAAAUGAAUAUUUUGGAAAAUUAAUAUAUAGUGAAGACCUGGAAAUGGGCAAACAUGGGGGGGGGAAAAAAAAAGUAAGUUCAAGAAUAAUCAACGAUGACGAGGAAAAAACGCAUAUUAGUAUUAGAAACGAGCUGUCCAAUCAAAAAGAUGAUUUGAAAAAAAAAGACGCAUGUUUCGAAAAGGGUGAAAUUAAAACACAUAAGCAAUUUUUUGCUAAUAUGAACAAACUAUUUUAUGUACCUCCCAGUUUUCAUAACACACUAUGCUCCGAUAUUCACCCCCUUUUUGGAAGCAUAAAGAAAGAACUAUUUUGUGAAAUUAUGAACAAUGAAAAAUGUUCUUGGAGUGAAGGAAAAGAAGAAUAUGCAAGUAUUAUAACUAUGUUUUUAUUGUACACUUCAUAUGAUGUUUUUUAUUUUAUUAAACAUAUUAUAAGCUUUGUUUACAAAUCGAUAUCCUUAUUUAAAUAUAUAGACUAUCCAACAACACCUGUGCUAAUAGAUGAUUUGUCCAUGCGAGGAGAAGAAAUUUUCCAAAACACACUGGAUAAGUAUUGUUAUGAAUAUGAAUCAUUAGUAUAUUUAAGUAAAUUUAUUUACUUAAUAAUAACUUGUGGGUAUUUAAUGCCUAUACAAACAUUUCUUUUAGAAAUAGCACAAAUACUCCUAGGUGAUAGUAAUAUUCAAAAUGUAUUAACAAGUUUUUACGAAUUUAAUGACAUUUCAUCGAAUAAUAUGAAAUCGGGUAGUACCAACGGAAAAAUUAAAUGUAAAGAUGGUAGUUCUAAAGUAGGAAGUAAUAUGUCCAAGAAAGAAUAUAUUUUUCUGAAUUCAAACUAUCAUAAAUAUCUACAAAAAGUGUACCAUAGAGGUCUUUUUGAAAAAAAUAAUGAUUUACUUAUAGAAAGUGAAAACAGUAGUAGUAACCCUUUUCACCCACCCUUCUUAUCUGACAAAGAAAUGCAAGAUGUGUUUUCUAUCAAACGGGGAGAUGAAUACACAUGUAAGGAUAAAAAUGAGGAGGAAAAAAAGGAAAAAAUGGACGACAUAAACAAUAAAGCAGAAUAUAGUCAGAAGUUCAAACGUGCUUUUUAUAAAAGUGGGAAUACCACAUUAAACGAAUUAGAUCAAGUUGAAUCUUGCAUUAACAAUGAAUAUUGUGAUCUUUCAAUACUCUAUGAAAAUAAGAAAAUUAUUCUUAUGAUGUUAUCUCAAUUUUUAGCUGGUUACUAUAUAAGGAAAAAGGACUUAUCAAGGAGAAAUAAACUAGUUGAGGAACACAUAAAUUUUGUUUUAUUUAUAAUAAAUGAAAAUAUGAAUUAUGGAAAUAUAGAUUCCUUUCCAUAUAUUUUAAUAAUAAUAAAACAUUUAUUAUACCUAAUGGGGAAGGAAUGCAAAAAUUAUAGUAAUAUCUUAUUUCAUUUUUUAAUUAUUCUCCAGUCAGACAAUCGUUUUUGUUCAAACAAAGACAUAAACAAAUUAAUUGAAAAAAUAGAAUACUACAGUGAAAAAAAAAGAUUUAAUUUUUAUAAUUACGAGUACACAUAUUUUAUACAAAAUGCUCAAAGCAAUAUAAUAGAUUUUAAUGAUUUCCAUAAUUUUAAAUAUAAUAUAAACAUUUUACACAUACUACUAUGUAAUAUAAGUGAAGAAGUUAUUAUGGAGAAGUCAACUUAUUUAAUGAACUUCAUUGCAACAGUAAAUCAUGAAUUAAAACCAUUAAUCAAAUCUGAAUUUCUAUUAUUUCUAAAUUUAUUUUGUUCUAAAAAUUUAUUUCCUACUUUUUUUUUUAAAAAUUCACAUGAUAUAUUGAAAAAUGUUCUCUUACCAUUAUGUACAUGGAGAAGUGGAUUAAACGAAGCUCAAACGAGGAAAGGAGCUUUAUUUUGUAUAAAAACCAUGUUUGUAAAAAAAUUAGUUCACGAAAAUAUAUUUCAGCAAAAUAAUGCAUUAAUUGAAAGUUUAGUAUGCGUCGUUAAGUCAACAAUUGAUGAUACAUGGAAUAAUGAUAAUAGAGAAAUAGGUAUACAAAUAUAUGGACAAAUUGCAAAAAAUAUAAAUAAUAAUAAUAUUUUACUUGUUAUAUUGAACACCUUAAUUAAGCUUUUAGACGACACAAAUAAACCUAUCCGUAAGUGCUCAGCAGUUGCUAUGUAUGGGCUUUUUCAAAAUAAAUCCCUAAUAUUACCAGAUGAUUCCUGUGAACAUAUUUUUCCUAUUUUGUUACUACAUAUGGAUGAUGACUGUUCCAAUUUUAGCAAAACUAUUUAUCAAAUUUUAUCAAUAGCUAAAAAUUUUAAUAACGCAAUUUUUUUAAAGCACGCAAAGGACUCUUCUGAGAACACAAUACAUGCAAAAUCAUAUAAAGAAGAACUGAUGAGAUGA